ACCGUCUUUGUCACUUCCCGGUUUAUCUCUGUCACAUUCGCUAUCGAUCCCGACAUCACAGCAUCUGAGCACCAAUAGUGGAAAUAAUUCUUCGCAUCAUCAUCAUUCUCUGGCAAACUCGCUACAAAAUUUACAUACACAAAAUCUCCAUCAUCAUGUAUCCUCAUCGGCAUCGUUACAUAAUUCACAGUCGAAUGUCAUGAACAGUAUACAUCAGAAUAUGUCGCUAAUGAAUGGAGCUAAUAAUAAUAUUUUAUCACAAGCAAUGAAGAAACCCGUUGACGAUCACAUAAAACGUCCAAUGAAUGCAUUUAUGGUAUGGUCUCGCUUACAACGACGAAAAAUCGCUCAAGAAAACCCAAAAAUGCACAACUCGGAGAUAUCCAAACGGUUAGGUGCUGAAUGGAAAUUGCUGACAGAAGAUGAGAAGAGACCUUUUAUCGAUGAAGCAAAGCGUUUACGAGCUCUCCAUAUGAAGGAGCAUCCAGAUUACAAAUAUCGACCAAGACGGAAACCCAAAGCUUUAAGACGUGAAGGAUAUCCAUAUCCGAUGCCGUAUCCAUCAGUCCCUGUAGAUGCAUUACGAGCUGGCUAUUUUGGUCCCGGAAGCGCUGCAUACUUAAGCAGUCAUUUGUCACAGUCAAGUCCGCCAACUACUCAGGCAUCAUUAACAUCUCAAAUGGACGUCUCAAAGUUCGCGCUUGAUCGAACUGCUUACUUGAAUUCCGCUGCUGCAAAUGCUUUAUACGACACAACAAAGGCCAGUGCUUACAGCAGUGCAUAUCUCGAUCCAACAUCGAUGCUAACAAAAGCGUAUUUCGACUCAAAAAUGUAUCAGGAUCGUGCAAAUUACGCGUUUGACAUUUCCAAAAUUUACGGAGGGCAGCAAGGAAGUCAGCAAAGUCAACAAAGCAGCCAACAAAAUCAUCAUCAUCAUCACCAUCAGAAUCAAUUUUCUAACAUUGAUCACAUCAAACGCCCCAUGAAUGCUUUCAUGGUUUGGUCACGAGGGCAGAGACGAAAAAUGGCACAAGACAACCCAAAAAUGCACAAUUCUGAAAUUUCGAAGCGACUUGGCGCUGAAUGGAAAUUACUCACGGAAGGACAAAAAAGACCGUUUAUUGAUGAGGCAAAAAGAUUAAGAGCUUUGCACAUGAAAGAGCAUCCUGACUACAAAUAUCGUCCUCGACGUAAGCCAAAAACUCUCGUGAAAUCUCCGACGCCUAACAAUAUUAGUAACAACAACAACAACAAUAAUAAUUCGCAAAAUAAUAUUUCAGUGAAGGAUUCGCCUCCGCAAAAUACAAAAUACACAUAUCACAACUUUGACCUAACUGUUCCAGGCAUAUCAACUCGCCCUCCUCCCUUACCAUUCGCGCCAUAUACGCCUUAUGAUUUUACAUUUGCUGAUCUUCAAGCUCGUCUAAAUGCACUUUACUAUCAUCAGUGUUUCGGGAGAAGUUCUUUCAAUCCAAUGACAGAAUCGAUAUCACCUUCGCCCCCGUCAACGUAUAAUAAGCCUCCGAGAUCACCGCCAACAAUUUCUUUGCCAACGACUCCUCCGAUGCAUCAAACUUCUCCGAAUGGAGCAAAUGUCAUUUGACCAACUCCAUUGCGCUAUGGAAAUGGCGUUGUCUCGGAAACUGUCUAAACUUUUUCUUUUAAGCAAUAUUUGUUGUUCUUAAAUGUUUUUCUUGUCUA